GUGGAGAGGUCACCGUGGUGUAGUACACGCUGUCGAGAGCAUUACGUACUCACCUGAGGACAGGUGUGAUACUACCUCAGCAACGACAGGUGUACAUCAACAGCACGUCAAGACAUCAGCUACAUCGACCGUGCUUUGGGGCAAAAUAUGAGAUAUCAAGGGAACGGUUGCUAUACGUUUGUGUGAAUGUUCAGAGACAUUUCGGCUCGGCUCAAACGGUCAGCAUGGGUUGUGGGACGUCUAAGACGAAGACGACUGCAGCUCCCGAGAACAGUUACAUCAGUGGGAAACAACGCAUGCUGGUCCAGAAGACAUGGCCUUAUCUUGCGGGAGACAUAGCCGGCAUCGGCAGCAAGGUCUUCAUCCGGAUCUUCCAGCUCCACCCCAAUGUGAAGCAGCUGUUUCCGUGUCGCCACAAGGAAGGCCAAGAACUGCUGCAGGAUCAGAACUUUAAGGGACACGCGUCACGUUUCAUGCAGGCCGUUGGUGCUGUCGUUGAUAACAUAGAUGACCUUGACAGGUCACUGUCGCCCCUGUUGAUUGGCCUGGGGCGCCAGCACAUCCAUUACAAUGGCUUUAUUUCGGAAAACUUCGACGCAUUUACCGAGUCAAUGACCUUGACCUGGUCGGAAGAACUAAAGGGACGUUUCACGGAAGAGGUGAAGGACGCCUGGGAGGCUGUGUUCGACUUCAUAAUGAUGAAAUUGAAAGAGGGUUUCGCUCUGGCUUGUGAUAAGCGGGAUAAACUUGUUCCAUAAUAAUGUGGUAAAGCCAUUUGAUACAGUACUUAAUUUAUGUUGAAAACAGUUAUGCUUAGAUAAUAUGGUGAACACAAGCAACGAAUGUGCCAGGGUAAUAUGGCGAACACAUAGAAAGAAUGUGCCAAGUUAAUAUGGUGAACGCAAGAAACGAAUGUGACAAGGUAAUAUGGUGACAGCAAGAAACGAAUGUGCCAAUUGCAAGUUAAUAUGGUGAACGCAAGAAACGAAUGUGACAAGGUAAUAUGGUGACAGCAAGAAACGAAUGUGACAAGGUCAUAUGGUGAACACAAGAAACGAAUGUGACAAGGUCAUAUGGUGAACGCAAGAAACGAAUGUGACAAGGUCAUAUGGUGAACACAAGAAACGAAUGUGACAAGGUCAUAUGGUGAACACAAAGAAAGAAUGUGCCAAGUUAAUAUGGUGAACACAAGUAAUGAAUGUGACAAGGUCAUAUGGUGAACACAAAAGACGAACGUGCCAAGGUAAUAUGGUGAACACAAGAAACGAAUGUGACAAGGUCAUAUGGUGAACACAUGAAACGAAUGUGCCAAGGUCAUAUGGUGAACACAAGAGACGAAUGUGCCAAGGUGAUAUGGUGAACACAAGAAACGAAUGAGACAAGGGGAUAUGGUGAACACAAGAAACGAAUGUGCCAAGGUGAUAUGGUGAACACAAGAGACGAAUGUGCCAAGGUCGUAUUGCAGUCACAAUUAAUGAAUAUGGAAUGGACAUGCGGUAGCCAAAAGCUUGUCAUAUUGUGGUCACCAGAAGCUUAUGAAUCUGACCUAAAUGUCAUUUUAAAGGAGAAUUGUGUCAAAUUGGCUGAUCUUAUAAUACCUUAGAACAUCAACUAAACGUCACUACAAUUGAAACAGUACUGUUUUAUAUGUGUGUUCAUUGUAAGUCUAUAUUACAACGAAUACGAAUAAGGCAGGCGCUUAUGCGUAAAUACGUAACAGUUGUCGGUUGUGUUGCUCAAAAUAAAAACACAAGUACAAAUCUAGACUUCAGAGACUAUAACAAUAAGAAAUACUUGAUAAAUAAUUGAAUGUUUACUUGGCAGCAAUUAGAUGUUGUAUUCGACAAAAAUAAAGGUGUUAUAACAGUGUA